AAAUUUUUGAAGGGAUUAUCAUGGGCUACAACUGCCAAGGCUGCUGCAACAAAGGUCAGAUAAUGAAGCAACAGAGAGAUAGAAUAGAAGACCUUGAAGAAGAAGUAAGGAACAAAAAGAGGAGAUGCAAGAGACUACAGAAGACAGUUAACAAGUUAAACAGUGGUCAGUACACACCUCGCUAUCUAUGGGACAAAGAGAGUGACGAUGAUAGUGGUAGUGAGGGUGGAUAUAAUCAAGAUGAGAGUGAUGAAGAUCAAACCUAUGGAAGUGAUGAUUCUGAUAAUGAGAACCAGGAAUGCAAUUCAUGUGAAGAGAAGCAACAGGAAAUUGAUCAUCUCCAAUCCAGGUUAAUUGAUAGCCAUACUAUGUUAUUAAAUGCUGAUAAGGAGGCUCAAAAGAGUAAGAGUGAAAUCGAACAUCUUAAUGCAAAAAUUACUCAACUCAAGGAGCAAUGUAACUCAUUUAACCUUCAAGCUCAGCAAAUAGAAGAAUCUUGUGGCUCACAAAAAGAAGAAUUUUUGCAGAACAAGAAAGAUUUAGAGUUUUUCAAGAAAGAAGUUAGAAAUUUUCAGAAAGAUAAGGCCAGACUUCAAAAUGUUGAAAACCAGGCACAGACAUCUACUUAUGAAUUACAAAGUCAAACAGUUGAAAAGGAUAACAGAUCCUCAUUCAACAAUACAUUGACAAGGGACCAUCAUCUGUUGGAGUUAUUACUGGAGAAAGACUUGCAUAUCUCAGCACUCGAGAAAUCAUGCUCAGCAGGAGAAUGCGCAGGUGCCACAAAGAAAAGAUCUUCACUCGAUUCCAAUUAUAAGAUCUGGUUCACAAAACUAAUGAAACAACUGAAGGAAUCAGUGCAAUGCCCGAUCUCACUUUGCCCCAUAACCUCUCCUGCUAUAUGUCCAUCAGGGAUCACUGUAGACAAGCACGUCUUCACAAAGCUAGUCCAGGACAAGAGCAAGGACCCAUUCACUAAACUCUCCACUUGCAAGACCUUUAUCCCGAACAGGCACAUGACUGAGAUCCUCACUAUAUUAUCAGAGUUCAGCAGUAUUCAGGCGUAAGCAUAAAUUUGGAUUUUUAAGUAGAAGAGGG